CCCUGCUUAUAGAUAUGUAUAUAGAAACCAUAGACAUAGUAUAUCUAGACUGCGUGUUCGAGGAGUGGGGAUGUAACUCUCGGAGAGAAGGAAGCACUCUGUUUUUACUGUUCGUUCUCUCUCGCACAGUCCCGAUGGAAGGGGUAUAGGAGAGGCAGUUGCUGUACAGUAACCACCGCCUCUAUUCCCCUUCCACCAGGACUGUGCGAGAGAGAGAACGAACAGUAAAAACAGAGUGUUUCCUUUUCUCCGACAGUUGUACCCCCACUUUUGAAAUUUGGGAGAACGCGCAGUCUAGCCAAUUUAGCUUUUGAUUCGGACUGUACUAGAUAAAGACAGUGCUAUUUUAGAGAUCCAGUGAUGUUCUUUUUCUAUUCGCGCCUCAGGCCUAGCGUUCGUUCCAAUUAGUAUAUAUUUCAGUGGUUACGAUAAAUGACAUACAUGCAACUGUUCAGUUAGCAGCAGUCAAGCUAAAUGUAGAAGGAAAUAAGGUUUGAUAGGUUAUGUAUGUACGUCUGUGCUCUACACGUGUUUACUAAAUAUUUUUACGUAUGUUUUAAGCAUAUUUUUGCAAUCUUUAAAAGUUAUAAAUUACUAGACAUCAUGUCUAAACGUCCAGAACGUAUGGCACCACCCGAAAUGUACUAUAAUGAAACAGAAGCAAAGAAGUAUACCCAAAGUUCUCGUAUGAUAGAUAUUCAGGUACAAAUGUGUGAACGUGCUAUAGAACUUCUUGUAUUACCUGAAGAUCAAAGUUGUUUACUCCUGGAUAUUGGCUGUGGCUCAGGUCUCAGUGGUAGUGUGUUAGAGGAACAGGGACAUUCAUGGAUAGGUGUUGAUAUUUCUUCUGCUAUGCUUGAUGUUGCCAAAGAAAGAGAAACAGAUGGCGACUUGAUCUUAGGAGAUAUGGGUAAUGGAUUACCAUUUAGAGCUGGUACAUUUGAUGGUGCUGUUAGUAUCUCUGCGCUGCAAUGGUUAUGCUAUGCAGACAAAACCUCACACAAUCCUGUAAAACGUUUAUAUUGUUUCUUCUCAACAUUAUUUGCGUGUCUGUCAAGAAGUGCAAGAGCAGUAUUGCAGUUCUAUCCAGAGAACAGUGACCAAAUUGAAUUGGUUACUACACAAGCUACAAAGGCUGGUUUUUUUGGUGGUGUGGUUGUAGAUUUUCCAAAUAGUACAAAAGCAAAGAAAGUAUUCUUAGUUUUAAUGACUAGUGGUGCUGUUGCUCUCCCAAAAGCGCUAGGUACAGAAAGUGACAAUCAGACCAUUGCUUUUAAUCAAUCAAAAAGAGAAUAUAUAAAAAAAGCCAGAGGCAAGCCGUUAAAAAAGAGUAGAGAAUGGAUUAUAGAGAAGAAAGAAAGACGGCGACGACAAGGAAAAGAAGUUAGAGACGAUUCAAAAUAUACUGGACGAAAGAGAUCUGGACGAUUUUAAAAUGUAUACUUGUUUUAGUGUUAAAUGUUAGUUUUUUUAAAGUUAUAAUAAAAUUAAUCUUUAUUUUAUAUAACCUAAUAAUAUUAAAUGUUUCAAUUAACUAAGUCUGAGGGUUGAUGAUGAAUGGAUUGUUUA